GCAAACGGACACUUGCCCUUCGCUUUUUCAUUUUCCCUCUCCAUUCGUCCGGGCUAUUGAGACGCCUAAAACUAAAACCGUGCAUCACUUUACUGAGCACUGCCACUAUUUCAGCCGCGUCCAUUCUCUUUUUUCACACAGCAUCAAGCAUCAUCCAAUUACCACACAACACAUUCCCUCAUCAUUUCCUUAACAAUUUCUACCCACUUUUCAUCUCAGCCCAAAUUUUCAAAUUCGGCUGCUGGAAACCCUAAAAUGGAGUCGGAGAUGAGCCAAUCAGGCUCCACAAUGGGCCAAUCCUCCGGGGAGCAUGGGUCGGGUUCCGGGAGGAAUGAGGGCGGUUUGAGAGCGGAGAUUGAUACUUCUGCUCCUUUUGAGUCUGUCAAGGAGGCAGUGAGCCGAUUCGGUGGAGUCGGUUACUGGAAACCCUCUCAGCAUAAGCUCUCCGAAACUGAGCAUGAGGAGGAAGAGGCUGACAUCUCAAAACUAGAGGAACAAGCAGCACUGCUGGAAAAAGAUCUGAUCGUGAAAGAAAGGAAAACACUGGAUGUUCUAAAAGAGUUGGAAACAACAAAAUUGAUUGUUGAAGAAUUAAAACUGAAGUUACAGAAACAGGCAUCUGAAGCCAAUGUGACCCUGGAAUCAAGUGCAGAAGAUAGAAAAAUGACUCCUGCUUUAAAGGAAGAAAAGAAAGAUGACCUUAACCAUGAGAAUCUUGGAGAUCAUAAUCAGAAUUUGAUGGAAGGUUUGAGCCCCUGCCCCUCUUCAGCUCCUGGUUUAAUUUUAAUGGAACUAAAACAGGCUAAGUUGAACCUUUCUAGGACUACUAAUGAUCUUGCUGAUAUUCGAGGUUCUGUUGAAUUUCUAAAUAAGAAAUUAGAAAAGGAAAGAAUUUCACUUGAAAAAACCCGUGAGCGGCUAGCCCUGAAUUCCUCAAAGAUUUCAUCUCUUGAGGAAGAGUUAAACCAAACAAAUCUAAAACUUAAAGUGGUGAAAGAUGCUGAAAUUAAAGGCAGCUCUGAGAACUCUUUGGAUAUAUCAAGGGAGCUCCAUCGACUGAAUUCUGAGGCUGAUCAGUUCAUAAAAAUGGGAGAAGCUGCACGUUCUGAAGUUCUGAAAGCAAUAUCUGAGAUUGAAGAAACAAAAAGUAGGAUAAAAACGGCUGAGAUCAGGUUGGUUGCCGUCAGAAAAAUGAAGCAAGCAGCAAGAGCAGCAGAAGCUGCUGCUCUUGCAGAGAUCAAGGCUAUCUCGUCCUGUAAGAACUCAUCAGGAGAUUCCUCACAAGCUGAAGGAGUAACUCUUACGUUCGAAGAGUAUUCAACCUUAACCUGCCAAGCUCAAAAGGCCAAGGAACUAUCCAAGAGUAAGGUAAUUGACGCAAUGCAUCAAGUUGAUGAAGCAAAUGUUUCAAGAAUGGAAAUCUUAAAGAAAGUAGAGGAAGCUACAGAAGAAGUCAAAACCAGUAAGAGGGCCUUGGAAGAAGCUCUCAACAGAGUAGAGGCUGCAAAUAGGGGAAAGCUUGCAGUUGAAGAAGCACUUCGCAAGUGGAGAUCUGACCACGGGCAGAAAAGACGUUCAGUGCAGAACUCUACCAAGUUUAAGAAUUCAUACCCGUCUCACCAUCGGAGGGAUUCCCGUUUGCUUGAUGUAAAUGGACUAAACCUACUAAGUGAUGCAUCAACACCUGUUUUGAAGCCAACCCUAUCAAUAGGCCAAAUACUUAGCAGGAAGCUACUGUUGCCUGAAGAGUUUGAGACCGGAAUAUUGGCAGAAACAGGCACCAUGAAGAGAAAGGUGUCUCUGGGUCAAAUGCUCGGUAAACCAAAUAGUGAUGUACCCUCCACUUGUAAGGCUGAGAAGGAAAACUGUCCCAAGCAGUUUUCUGGAAAGAGGAAGAAGUUUGGAUUUGCCCGGUUCUCACUACUCUUGACAAAGCAGAGUAAGAAAAAGAAGAGGCCAACUCCAAACUUGAGGUAACGUGGCUGGCUGUGCCCAUUGUUUUCAAUCAGCCUUAAUUUCUAAUUAUAUGUCCUUACCAUGGUGGACUCUCCUAUAUUCCUAUUUUCUAGUCUUCCUAGUCUCCUAUUAGCUGUUUCUGUUUGCUAGAUAUGUAUCUUGUAUUUGGUUAUUGUAAAGAUGUUUAGGAUAUUCUGCAUCUCUCAUCAGCCCCUUUUAAGGUUAAUGACUCUGCCACUCUUUGAUGUGACUGGACUAUGUGCAGGGAUGUGACUGGACUAUGUGCAGGGAUGUAAUUUGUUAUGGAAACUAAUUUGCCUUGUGAUUGGAA